GUUUUGGUGGUUUCUCCGUUUUCUUAUUUCUUCUUCUUAUGGAUUCUGAUCGAUUCCUCCUCUUCUUUACUCAAACUGCUGACCCAGUUCGUCGGAAUCCCCUCCGCCGCCCUGUUUUACGGCGAUUUCCUCGUAUUCCGCCUCUGUAAGCUGCUUCACUCGUCUACCAUUAUCCUGGACUUGGAUUUUUUCUGAGAAACCAAGAAACUGAUUCUUUAUGAGAAUUGAAAUUUCAAAGCUGAUGGGGCAUUUCUCCACCAUGUUCAAUGGGCUGGCAAGGUCGUUUUCCUUCAAGAAAGGUAGAAACUCGGCGAGUCUAGUUGACGAGGGAGGGCGAGAAGCUGCAAAAGCCAUGAUCAAGGAUGCGAAAAGGAAAGACUCGAUAUUGUGCACCACUGGUGUCGUCAAUGCCGAAGGUUCGAAUACUUUUGCUUCGGUGUUCUCGAAAAAAGGCGAAAAAGGAGUUAACCAAGAUUGCUGCAUUGUGUGGGAGGAAUUUGGAUGCCAAGAAGACUUGAUAUUUUGUGGGGUUUUCGAUGGGCACGGACCGUGGGGUCAUUUUGUUGCGAAGGCGGUAAGAGAAUCAAUGCCACCAUCUUUGCUGUGCCAUUGGCAGCAAGGACUUGCUCAAGCUUUCCUCGACCCGGAAUUGGAUUCAGAAAAGAAGCAUCAGCGGUUCGACAUAUGGAAGCAUUCCUAUUUAAGAACUUGUGCUGCCAUCGAUCACGAACUCGAGCAGCACCGUAAAAUCGAUACGUUUUAUAGUGGAACAACUGCACUGUCCAUUGUUAAACAGGGCGAGCUAGUCGUUUUAGCCAAUGUUGGCGACUCCCGAGCAGUCUUGGGUACUACUUCUGAUGAUGGAAGUGUAGUACCGGAUCAGCUCACCGUCGACUUCAAACCGAACCUACCUCAGGAGGCCGAGCGGAUAAUUCAAUGCAAUGGGAGGGUGUUUUGUUUAAAUGACGAGCCGGGUGUUCAUAGGGUCUGGCUUCCGAACGAGGAAACGCCCGGGUUGGCGAUGUCGAGAGCCUUCGGUGAUUAUUGUAUUAAAGAAUUUGGACUCAUUUCUGUGCCAGAAGUUACCUAUAGAAGUAUAACCAGCAGAGACCAAUUCAUUAUAUUGGCAACUGAUGGGGUAUGGGAUGUUGUCACCAACCAAGAAGCAGUGGAGAUUGUAUCAUCGACACCGGAUAGAACGAAAUCGUCAAAACGUCUGGUCGAGUGUGCUGUUCGGGCAUGGAAACGGAAGAGACGAGGCAUCGCAAUGGAUGAUAUGUCAGCUAUCUGCCUCUUCUUCCACUCAUCAGAGCAAGAACAUCACCUUGUAACUUUAUUAGCAUUUCAAUAGUUUUUUUUUUUUUGGAAGACUUGGGCCUUGCUUGAUAGAUUAAAAUUCGGACUAAAUUUAUAAUUUAACCGACAAUAUAAUUUCAAGACAGGUACGAGGUUAGGUCGGAC